AUGACAUCGAACAUUUCUGUUAACCGUUAUUCCGGUAAUAAAUCAAGUAGUUAUAGUAACUUCCGGCAAACAACACAAGCCGAUUUUGCUAACAACAGCAAAAACAGGCCUUCUGCUAAUGAAAAAGGAAAUCUCUGGAAAAGUGAAAAUACAUCUGAUGUAUCUCGUCGUAAUAUUCGGGAACGACUCACCCACUUGUUGGCAUUAAAACCAUUCAGCAAGGAAGAUCUAUAUGCGCGACUGAAAAAGGAAGGAAUUCGAGAUAAUGAGCUCAAGUCCGUUGCUAGCAUACUCAUGGCUAUUGCUCUGCUCCGUUGCCGUAUGUACAGCCUUCGUGAUCACAUGUGGUACUAUGUGAAUGUAAAUUGGCCCUUCUAUACAGAGCAUGAGCGGGAUCAAGUCAAGCAGAAUAUGCCACAAGAUAAGACUCCACCACAUCAUCCGACUGAUCAAGUCAAUUCUCAAGAUAUAUCUCCAAAACAUCAUCCGAAUGAUCGAGGCUCAUGUGGGAGUCAGAUCCCAACUGAUAUUAUUGCUAGUCCCCCACAAGAGACGGACAAUUUGGAGUAUGAAUAUGCACCACGACCAAAGAAGCAACGAAUAAGUCAUAUGGUCACCAAAAAUGCUACAAUUACCCAUCCUAAGACGACGAAUUCCCUGCAUCAAGUGAAAGACAUUACGAGGAACAACAACGUCGUGCAUAAAUCCAAUAAUGAUGAAAGCCAGAAUCCAACUUAUACUUAUAUUGAUACUCCUCCACAAAAGACGGACUGUUCGGAGUAUGAAUAUGCACCACGACCAAAGAAGCAACGCAUUAGUCAUAUGGUUACAAAAACUGCUACAAUUAUCCAUCCUAAGAGGACGAAUUCCCUGCAUCAAGUGAAAGACAUUACGAGGAACAACAACGUCGUGCAUAAAUCCAAUAAUGAUGAAAACCAGAAUCCAACUUAUACUUAUAUUGAUACUCCUCCACAAAAGACGGACUGUUCGGAGUAUGAAUAUGCACCACGACCAAAGAAGCACCGCAUUAGUCAUAUGGUUACAAAAACUGCUACAGUUACCCAUCCUAUGAUGAGAGAUUCUAUGCAUCAAGUGAGGGACAUUCCGAGGAACAUCAACAUUGUGCAAAAAUCCAUUAAUGAUGAAGAGUCUCAACGACAACAAGGUCAGCACCAACGGGACUUUCAAAAGAAGAGUGAGGGUCUAAUAGAAUCAGCAAAAACUCCAGAAAGAAAGAAGCAGAGGAUGUUGGAACUAUUCGGAGAAACCCCUGUAAAUAAAAUCAGCAAUGAGUCUCGGAACUACAGUCACACCGCUGCAAAUGGCAACGCAAAAUUGACAUCUCGUGUAUCUGAGUAUAAAAAUUCAUCCAAGACCGAAAACAACAAAAUAGGCAUGGAAAACUCGCAUAAGAAGCAUAUUACAGACUUACGAGAAAAAUUUCAAUCAAAAAUGGACUUGCCAAAGGAGAGAGAGAAGAGUCAAACAGUGACUGUAUCACCAGCAACAAGAAAGAGGAAGCGGAUGCUCGAGCUAUUCGGAGAAGAUCCUAUAACUCCAGCAAAAAGAACCACCAGUGAUCACAAACCCUCGCACAACAAGAAUACACCUACACACUCUAACAUACAAACAGUACACCAUCGUGACUUGAAAAGCGAUAAUUUCACGAAGUCCGCAACUCCUGCAACACGAAAAAGGCAAAGAAUGAUCGAGAUAUUCGGAGAAGAUUCAGAUUUAGAAUGA